UAAAUUUUACAACGCAGUCUAUGUAGGAAGAGUAAAAUCAUUUGCACUGAAGUACGAUAUCAUGAACCAGGAUCAUGUAGUGGAAGCCCCUCCCUUGUCUCCGUUCCCCAACAUUAAGCAACAGGCAGUGUCUCCUCGACGGAUCUCUCAACAGCACUCUGUUUAUGUUUCGCCUCACAAGAACGGUGCCUGCUUGACACCUCGAAGUGCACUCCUGUAUAAAUUCAAUGGGAGCCCUUCCAAGAGUUUGAAGGACAUCAACAACAUGAUAAAACAAGGUGAACACAGGAGUAAGAAGCGAGCAAUAACAAUUGAUAGUGACAAUGAAUCCCCUACAAAGCGACUCUGCCAGGAAAAUGAUGACGUUCUACUCAAACGUCUCCAGGAUGUUGUCAGUGAAAGAGCAAAUCAUUAAAACUGCCUGUUUCCUGUGGGAUCUAAAAGCUAUGGAGUUGGAUACAGCUAUUGCGCUAUUUAUUUCUUGCCUUUGUAUACAGACAACUGACACGUUU